AUGGCCACUUCAGCUUCACCUCCACGCUCGCUGGCUUCGUCACCCAAACUCACUGGCUCACUUCACACACCGCGACCAUCUCUCUCUCUCGAUAUCGCCAACAUGCCGGCACUCUCCCAACCAUCACUACCAUCCAACACCCUCCUAAUCACCGAUCUCCACGAUCUCCUCGUGUUCCAACCCCCAGCACUGGAAGAAAUCCGCAAUAAAAUCACUGCAGUGGCACCUCUCAACUCUUUCUCCCCACUCCCCUCAAUGCGCCGCAUCGUGUGCUCCUUCCACAACGAAGCCGAUGCCACAGCAGUGCGCCAACUCCUGGACGGCCAGCGCCUCUUAAACCGAGACGUGCACCCCCGUAUCUACUUCGGCGAGCCAACCGCAAUCCUAGACGGCGGCCGGCCAAAACUCCUGGAAGCCCCGCAAGUCUCCAAGAUGUUCUUUAUCUCGCCGCCGCCCAGCCCCCCGCACGGAUGGGUCGUGCGCAACGAGGGCCCGCCCAACAAGGAAGUCCACGCUAUGGAUUUGGCACUUGCCCUAUCCAUGCUGAAGACGGAUCAGAUGCAGUCGGAGACGUCUGCAGCCGACCCCGCAACCCCGGUCUCUACCUCUUCUCACAAGCGUAUGUCCAGCUGGCCGCUUGCUGGCUCCCAGCAGCGUAGCAGGAGCAGUACCAUCAUCUACCACCCCGAAGACCAUGGCAGUAGCCCCAAUCUUCCGGCGGUGACGGUUGAGGAUAUGACGAUGGAUGGCGAGGAUGAGGAUGUCGACAUGAAUGCGAUGAGCCCUAUUGAGCUGUCUGUUAACCAAAUGCCGCCCAAGACUUCGCGUCCGCCGAUUGAGUUGAUGGAGUAG